CAUUUGCUCCGGGAAGCCGCGUUGGCUGGGUGUCAAAAUUGCUAAGGAGAGGAGGCGAGGAAGCACAGGUAAGACCGGGAAAUGUCCGGAAAACUGUCGCCGGCGAGCAAGGGGCGGCCGCACCGGGACCUCCGCGUGAGUCGUUUCCGACGGUAGACUUGCACAUUACCUGAGUUUAGAUAACAGUUACGGCACCGGGACAAAAGGGAAGCCCAGUCCGUUCCGAGUCGCGACAAGCUACCCGGGAUCCUACCGAAGGUGAGGAGGUUCGCAUUCAAAAUGAAAGCCCAAAUUAGCCAUUCAUUUAUCAUUUAUUUUAUGUUAUUGUUUUUUUAUUUUUUGGACACAGGAUAUAUAUAUAUAUAUAUAUUAUAAUAUAUUAUUUCAUUAUUAUUUAUUUUUGCUGCAGUAAAAAGCUAUGUCAGGUGUAGCGUCAUUGCACCACAGCUCUCCCAUUUUAAAUGUCGUUUGUCUCGUGGUCCGUUAUGUGGCACACACUGAGGGUGUGUUCUACACACGUUACAUUACACUCGGGAUAUUCAUUACAACACUGUGCGAGAGGUAUGAAAAUGAAAAUAAAAAAUGUUUUCUUUGGGGCUUUAUUUUGAAAGUCAUACGCGGAAGUCAUGUUCAUUAGUUCAAUGUAACUUAACACUUGAAGAAACGCCGGGCCGGGAUGCUUUGUUCCGUUAAGAGUUUAUUACAUUUAUUAUUGUUACAUGUUCCUUAUUGUGUAACAUUCGAGGGUAUACCAAUACAUAACGUGAUAUAGUCCCGGUAAAUAGACCGAUCCCAUGGUUAACGGAAACCACACGGCAGCUUAGGAGCAGCGGAGAUGUCGUCAUCACUGCACACUUUAACUCAGCGUCUGUUUGUUUUAAUGAUCUAUCCACAUCUUUUUUGUUCAUACUCUUCUGGCAUACACUUGAGUAUGUUGCAUUCGUUGUCAUAACAUGCCUGUUAGAAUACAUUUCAUUAUUAUUGUCUAUUUCCACGCAUCGUUCCACUUCCCACGAGGCCCACGAUGGACUGAUCUCAGUGCUGCUCUCUCGGCUCCGGUGAAGCUGACACAUUUACACAUUUACACAAGUUACACAUUGCAUUUAUUUUUUUGCAGAACAUCGAGUUUACAAUCAGAGUUAAUUCAUGUUUUAGUUUUUUGAAAGAAAAGUAAAUAAGUAGAGGAAUAGCUUUUACUGGCAGAUGGUUUAUCCCAGACCUCCAUGUUGUUUCCCUGCUCUACUUGAUACUCAAGUCCAGCAAUGACUCGUUCCAUCGCAAUCUGUUGGACAGGAAAAAAGGGGACCGCAGUGUCCAGAGCCGGACCUCAAACGGCACCAUGGCCGCCCACGAGGACUCCAGAAACGCCAGUGCCGGCGGCUCCCCCCGGCCCCCGGAGCCCCCCAAGGAGAUCAUGCAGCUCAAGAAGGAGAUCUCGCUGCUCAACGGCGUCUGCCUGAUCGUGGGGAACAUGAUCGGCUCCGGCAUCUUCGUGUCCCCGAAGGGCGUGCUGUUCUACAGCGCCUCCUACGGGCUGUCGCUGCUCAUCUGGGCCAUCGGGGGCCUGUUCUCCGUGGUGGGGGCCCUCUGCUACGCCGAGCUGGGCACCACCAUCACGAAGUCGGGGGCGUCGUACGCGUACAUCCUGGAGUCCUUCGGCGGCUUCAUCGCCUUCAUCCGCCUCUGGACGUCCCUGCUGAUCAUCGAGCCCACGAGUCAGGCCGUCAUCGCCAUCACGUUCGCCAACUACCUGGUGCAGCCGCUCUUCCCCACGUGCGAGCCGCCGUACGCGGCCGGCCGGCUCAUCGCCGCGGCGUGCAUAUGCUUACUGACAUUCAUCAACUCCGCCUACGUCAAGUGGGGCACCCGCGUGCAGGACGUCUUCACCUUCGCCAAGGUGGCCGCCCUCAUCGUCAUCAUCAUCACCGGCAUCGUCAAGAUGUGCAAAGGUCACACGGCCAACUUCGAGUCGUCCUUCCAGGGCUCGUCCACAGACCCCGGGGACAUUGCGCUGGCACUCUACUCCGCCCUCUUCUCGUAUUCCGGCUGGGACACACUGAACUUCAUCACAGAGGAGAUCAAAAACCCAGAGAGGAACCUGCCCCUGGCCAUUGCCAUCUCCAUGCCCAUCGUCACCAUCAUCUACAUCCUCACCAACGUGGCCUACUACGCCGUUCUGGAUGUUGGCGCCAUAAUGGCCAGCGACGCGGUGGCAGUGACGUUUGCAGAUCGCACCCUUGGCGUGAUGAGCUGGACCAUCCCCAUCGCUGUGGCUCUGUCCUGCUACGGAGGCCUCAACGCCUCCAUUAUAGCUGCAUCCAGGCUGUUCUUCGUGGGCUCCCGUGAGGGUCACCUUCCUGACGCUCUGUCCAUGAUCCACAUCCAGAGAUUCACCCCGAUCCCGGCUCUGAUCUUCAACUGUGUCAUGUCGCUGAUCUACCUGACAGUGGAGGACGUCUUCCAGCUCAUCAACUACUACAGCUUCAGCUACUGGUUCUUCAUGGGCCUCUCCAUCGCCGGCCAGAUCUACCUCCGCUGGAAGGAGCCGGACCGACCCAGACCUCUCAAGCUGUCUCUGUUCUACCCGGUGGUGUUCUGCAUGUGCACUGUUUUCCUGGUGGCCGUCCCGCUCUACAGCGACACCGUCAACUCCAUGAUCGGCAUCGCCAUCGCGCUGUCGGGGGUCCCCGUCUACUUCAUGGGCAUCCGCGUGCCGGAGUCCAAACGGCCGCCCGUCAUCACCAAGAUGCUGCGCUCUCUCACUUACUCCACCCAGUUCACCUGCUACUGCGUCCUGACAGAGACGGACAAGAGUGAGUAGCGUGGAUCCAGCGUCCUCGCACAGCUGCCUCUUCAAGGAGGAAAAAGGCAUCCGUCUCUCGGAGUCCUCUGAAGGAUCUGCCGCUCUCAGAUUCGACCCCGGGAUUCAAAGACUUUCAAAGACUCCGACUUCUCCGCACACUGUGAAACUUUGAGAUUCUUCAGUGACCUCUUCUGGUCGAGGGUUUGCCUCGAUAGGGCCGCAGCCCACAGGUCAUUUGCGUACAAGCCUUGAAGCAGUACGUGCCUGUGAGAUCUUACAGGGACCGGGUAAUGAUGCGAGUACAUUGUUUAUCGUCUGGAUCGAAACCCAUUUCAGCUGAAAGACGACGAUUAAAAGAAGUUUGCUUCAAAAAAUCAAAAGAGGGAAGAACAUGUUCUUUGUCUGCUGCUAUGUGAAGACUUUAAGUCAUCAUUGAUACAUUAUUGAUCUCAGUGUCCGGUGGUUUCUUCCUUUCUAUUUGCAGGUGGGUUAACCGUGUGUUGAAUCCACGCCACUUCCUGUUCUUUGAGUUUCCUUCAAUCUGCGUGUCAAUUAAUAAAUAUCUAAUUCUC